AUGUCGCCCUCCAGAUCUGAGAUAAUAAGCAGCCACCCGAUCGGGGGCCGGCUAGAUGAGUACUACAAUCUAUAUAACAUCUGUCAGCCACUAUUUGAGCCUACGUCGACAGAUGAAAGCGCGCGCAGCCCGAACAUUAAGACGAGGGCGUUCAAUUUUCUCAUUACCUUUACAACCCUUCCUGCUUGCCAUCAGCUGAUUUCUCCCAGGGGAUCUGGUGCUCUUUACUUGGAAGUCCUACGGCUUGCAGCCAACUUUGAAAUUGAGCUUCUUUUACCUCUGUUGAAAGCAGUCCACGACAAAGAACCUGAUGAAAUCAUAUGGGAUAAGGUCUACGAGGUCGUCACUGAAUCAACUCCCACCCCCCGUCCGUUGCACUCUUUCCAGACGCCCUUGACUCGAAAUACAGGCAGCGUCGUCAACUCGAGCGAGCUCCGAACCGACAUGGACCCCGUGCUAAGGGAGGAGCUGGGCCCGCUACACAUUGAUGCAAACGCGCAGGCGGUCUUUGAGAGGUGUAAGGAGGGAGAGGAACCGAUGUUCCGCCAGGGAACUGGCUGGAGCGGAUGGCCUGAGGGUGCAAAUGAGGCGCCUGUGCUGGCCUGGCUGACAAAGGUUAUCGACAAGGUCAUACAAUUCUUCGAGGAACACGCGUCCGACGAGAUAGUUCGAAGAAGGCCCCUAGCGCAGCCUCAUAAGCCGCUGAAGGGCUCUACGGCUAAGCGGAUGCUGGAUAUCGGCUUCAUGGAUGGGACAGACCCCCUCAAGGAUGGCAAGUACUCCUGGUCGCAGAUACUCGUUCCCGGAGAGCUGAAGAACGACCCGGACUACGAAACCCAGUCCAGGCUCGACCUGGGGAGAUACGUGAGAGAGGUGCUGGCCGCGCAGGACUCCCGGCUCUUUGUGCCAGGCUUUACGCUUUGCGGGUCGCUCAUGAGGCUGUGGCAUUUCGACCGCUCGGGAGGGAUCGCGUCGGAGCGGUUCGACAUUCAUGAGGAAGGCCUUCAAUUUGUCUCGGUCAUGCUCAGGUAUCUGCUGAUGACCGAGGGAGAUCUUGGAUUCGAUCCGAUGAUCGUCACCAACGCCGAUGGCUCGCGGUACUUUACAAUUGAACGGGACGGCGAGGAGGAGCGUCUCAUCAUUGAUGAGGUGAUAAAGCGUGCGCACUGCAUCGCCGGACGAGCCACAACAUGCUGGAAGGUACACCGCGAUGGAGACGAAUCCCGAACACCCCUAGUGGUCAAGGGCUCAUGGCAGUACCCUGAGCGCGACGAGGAAGGGAAGUUGCUGCGUGAGGCUAUGGAGAAGGGGGUGGUCAAUGUCGCGAGAUAUCAUCAUCAUGCAACGGUCCAUGUCGGGGGUCGAAACUACGACAUCCGUGACGGGGUGAGGAGGGGACUGGACAUCACGACGGCAAGCAACUACAAACCAGCCGGCUCCAGACCUCCGCUAAGCAGGAGCGGAUCCCGCAAGGGGAAAAGCAGCCGGGCAGCCAGCCGCAAACGGUCCUCUACCUGUGUCGAGCCGUCGCUGCCUCCCAGUAAACGCCCCCAGUCCCACCCUCCGUCGCUCCCCAACCGUGUCUACCGCCACGUCGUAGUCAAAGAUUACGGAAAACCAAUCUACUGGGCGAGCUCGAGGGUUGCCUUACUGAGCGGGCUGAAAGGAUGUAUUGAAGGAUACGAGUCUCUCCACCAGGCUGGCAUGCUACAGUGUGACAUAUCGCCCAAUAAUCUCAUGAUCAAUGAGGACACAGGAAACUCGUCCUGGAAGGCGUUCAUCAUCGAUCUGGACCUUGCCAUCAAAGAAAACCAGGAAGAUGCUUCAGGGGCGCGAGGCAAGACCGGCACGCGAGCGUUUAUGGCGAUCGGAGUUCUUCUGGACGAACAACAUUCCUUCAUGCACGAUCUCGAAUCAUUCUUUUGGGUCUUGUUCUGGAUAUGCAUCCACUACGAAGGCCCUGGGAAAGGCCGAGUUGUUAAACGCUUCGACAAGUGGAACUUUAUGGAUACGGAGGAGCUGGCCAAGCAGAAGUUAGGAACUGUGGCUAAGGAGUCUAUCUUUAUGAAAACUGUUUCGGACAACUUCACACCUUAUUAUGAAUCACUGACUCCCCAUAUUAAUAAACUACGGAGGGAGAUAUUUCCGGCGGAUAAACCGUGGGAGAAAGAAGAUAGACGAUUGUAUUAUAGGAUGAAGAAGGUCCUACAGGAUGCCCGAGAAGACUCAGUGGUGCUUGAGAAAUCAUGA